AUGUAUUCAUAUAUAAAAUAUAGAUUUGAUAAUCUAUUUACUCUUGGUUUAAUUUUUAUUAUUCCAUUAUUAGUUACUAUAGCUGCAUUUGUAAUAUUAAUCUUUAGUGUCAUUUAUUAUUAUACUGAAGAACCCGAUAGUUAUGAAGAUGCAUUAUGGGAAACAUUUACACGUGUACUUGAUCCAUGUGCAGCAGCCGAAGAUGAAGGUUUAAAACAUCGGAUUAUAUCUGGAAUUGUUAUACUUUGUGGUCUUGUUAUAAUUGCAAUAUUAAUUGGUACAAUUGUAACUUUUAUGGAUGAAAAAUUAAAUGAAUUAAAAAAAGGACAUACUACAGUUUAUGAAAAGAAUCAUACGAUAAUUCUAGGAUGGUCACCAAAAAUAUUUGAUAUUCUUCAUGAAUUAAUUAUUGCAAACGAAAGUCAACGUAAUCCUUCCAUUGUUAUUUUAACAUCAAAAGAACGAAUUGAAAUUCAAUAUUUAAUUAAGAAUAAAAUACAUGAUACAAAAAAUACGAGAAUUAUCUAUAGAAAUGGUGAUCCAAUGUCGAUCAAUGAUUUAAAUAAAUUAAGUAUUAAUCAAGCACGAUCAGUAAUUAUAUUGGCAUCAGAAACAAAUCACAAUUCGGAUAUUAGAAUAAUCAAAACAAUACUAGCUAUUAGAAAUAAUCCACAACGAAAUAAUAUUAAUUUUCAUAUAGUAGCCGAAAUCAAAGAACGAAUUAAUUUAGAAGCAGCAAUGAUUGCAGGAGGAGAUGAAGCAAUAUUUGUCUACGCUGAUGAAAUAACUGCACGUAUUAUAGCUCAAUCAUGUCGACAAAGUGGUUUAACUGUAAUAUUAACAACUUUAUUAUCAUUUCAAAAUGAUGAAAUUUAUUUUAAAUAUGAAAAGGCACUUGUUGGUAGAACAUUUUAUGAUGCGAUAUUUUCAUAUAAUAAAUGUUCAGUAAUUGGAUUAAUGUUAGCUGAUGGAACAGUAAAAUUAUGUCCUCAAUUAGAUACAAUAAUCAAUAUGGAUGAUAAAAUUAUUGUUAUUGCUGAAGAUGAUGAUAAAAUUAUAUUAUCAUCUGAUAAUUUAUCACGUAGUACUCGAUCAGUAUCAGCAUCAACAAUUAAUCAUAACAUAAAUUCACCAUCACAACAGAUGAUUAGAGGAACAACAAAAAAAGUUGAACGGAAUCUUAUACUCGGAUGGAAUAAUAGAGCUCCAUUGAUUGCGAAAGAAUUGGAUACUUAUGUUGCUCGUGGUAGUGAACUACACAUAUUGACAGAUUCGGAUAAAGUAGCAUCUUUUAUAAACGAACAAUUAGCUAUCGAAUUAAUAGAACAACAAGUAUUUGUAUAUUUUGGAAGUGUAACAAAUAAAUAUGAUUUAGAAAAAUUAAAUUUAUUUUCUUAUCAUUAUGUUAUAGUAUUAGCUAAGGAUGAAAGUGGUCAAGAAAAUUUAAUUGAAGAAGCUGAUGCUGAAUGUUUAAUUUGUUUGUUAUAUUUACAAAAUAUUAUUGAUGAAUCAAAUAAAAAAAAGACAUUUAAUAUCGUUAUAGAAAUGGUUGAUAUACGUAAUCGACAAUUAGUAAAUGCAACAUGUGCUGAUGAUUUUAUUGUUAGUCCAAAUUUACUAGCGAAAUAUAUUUCACAAUUAUCUGAAGAUAAAAAUAUUAAAAAAGUUUAUGAAGUUUUAUUAUCAGCUGGUGGUGUUGAGAUUUCUUUAUGUUUAGCAUCGAUGUUUGUUCCAUUAGGAAUACCGAUUAGUUAUUAUCAAAUUUUACAAGAAACAUUAAAAUAUCAAUGUGUAGCGAUUGGUUAUAGAUUAAUGAAAUAUUUACAUGAUGAAACAAGAUUUUACGGAAUUGUUUUAAAUCCAAAUAAACAAGAAAAUAUUAUAUUUUCACCAAAUGAUAAAAUUAUUAUUUUAGCUGAAAACUUUAUUUCAUCUACUUCCACGGUAAUUAAUACUAUAUUUUGA